AUACAACACUUGUUUUCGAGUGGACCUAAAUCAAACUAUUUACAGAAAAAAGAAAAUAUCUGUUAACAUAAAACAACUCUAAUCACCAUUGAUGAAUUCAUUUUCUUCAAUUAACAUAAAACAUCAUUCAAAUGUCAUCACACACCCAGAAAUAAAUUAUUAUUACAUUUAAUAUUUCGUAAUAUUCCAUUUAUCAAGCAUCAUUUGAUGGUUGCUCGAGUCCCAGUUUUGUAUCCCCUUCAAAUCUUGAAUAUUCAAAGAUUCAUACUCUUUUGCAAUUACCUCUGAGCCGAAUUCCUGAAAAAAUUUAAGGUAAAGAAAUUAUUCUCUUCAAUCUUGAUUUUUUUGCCCUAUAUUUUUAUAAUUUAUGAAUGAAUUGCGAAUAUAUGGUUGAACAAGGGAAAAUGGAAAAUAGAUGCCAUUAUUGAAUGUGCACAUUGCAAUUAUUGAAUUAACCAUGCAACAGCAGCUUUCUCAUUUGAGAUUUUGAUUUAAGAGAUUGAGAAUUGUGAGAAUUUUAAUAAUAUUUUGGGGAUAGGGAAUAUUGUGACAAUUGAACUCCCGUCACAAGCGUGAAAAAUGAAAAUCUUCGAUCACUAGGUAUCCCAUAUUCUCGAUCAUUAUCGUAUGUUGACAACACAUUGUUUGAUAAUGUAUUUGAAUAAACUGAAUUGAAUAAAAUCAAUUAUGUUAUACUAAAAAUUCUACUUUCUCAUUUCACUUUAUUUGUUACACUUUGAUCAAAACAAUGAUAAAUUUUCUGUAAGUGCCAUCAACAGAAAGAAAUGGAAGGAGUAGAAUAUAAACGCUUUAUAGACUAGUGUUUUGAUCUUGCUAUUUAUUGUAGUGUAUCAUAUAGGGUGUUUUUGGAUGGAAGGAGGGAAAGGAAGAGGAGGGAUUUGGAGGGUGAAAGAAUUCCUUGUUUGAAUAGAAAAAUGAAGGGAAGGGAUUUGGAGGGGAGAGAAUUGAAAGGAUUUGAUGGUUAUUUUUUGUUAAGGUUCUAAUCUCUCUAAAAAUGAAAAGAUUUGUUGGGAAAACUCCCAUCUCCCAUUUUUCCCUUCCAUUCCCUCGUACAAAUAAGAGCUAUUUCCCUUCCUUCCUCUUCCCUUCCUUUUUUUUCUCUCCAAAAUUAUUAUCCCAAUAUAAUGAUAAUGACAUAAUUGAUGGACUAUGUAUGGUACUUUGACUUAUUGGUGGCCUCACUGAAUCAUAUGAAUCAUUUGUCACGGUGGUCUUAAACAUGCUGCCAUUACCUUCCUUUGCAAAAGCUAAGUCCAUGCUCCUUUUAGAUGAAAUUAAGAUGCGUAAGAUGGCUACCUAAGAUUCAUCUUCUUCUGAUUAUGCUCCACUUGCCUCAAAUGGUAGUCAGUUCUCUUCUCCCUCAAAUGAGAAGGGUAGUAAACAAGAUUGUGGUCAACGAUAUAACACUCGGGAUCAUAAUAAAAAUUUUAGCUUAAUACAAAUCGUGACGGACGAUGUCAGUCAUCCAAAUAGGUCGUCGUAUAAUGGACACCAAAAUUAUGCUCCUUCUGGGACAUUCAUUUUGGCAUUUUCCUCCUUGGGCUCCUUGGGGAUAUCAACCAUGAGCCACCUUUCAUUGCCCUUUUCCCACAACUUCUUUGAAAUCUCAUCCACUGGACAACCAUACACUAUUCAUAGAGCAGAUAUUGGCGAAGCUAUGCACACUCUUUCUUUGUCACCUCCAGAUGAUAACCGAUAUAUGGACACCGUCACACUGGUGCCACUUCACACAUGACUGCUAAUGAAGGUGUGACUUGUGAACAAUGUUAUCAGUUGCCUUGGCUCACUUUUUUGAUCCUGUGAAGAAAUUUCUGGAUGUGCAGAAGGCUUCUGGACUGAAUCCUUAUCCUCAUAAGUUUUCUGUUUCACUGGUGGGAAGAAUCAUGGAGCCUUCGGUUAAGCCUCUUGGUUGUGAAUCAGAUUUUUCUUCUUCCUCAGUUCGUAUUGUUGUUGUGGGAGAUACUCAUGAUGAUUGGGAAUUAGAACAGGAUUCAAGAGCUCUACAUUUCUUACAAGCAGAUUUGGUUAUGUUUACUGGUGAUUUUGGAAAUGAGAAUGUUGAAUUGGUUAAAGGUAUCUCUAAUCUUAAUUUUUUAAAGGCAGCAAUACUUGGUAAUCAUGAUUCGUGGUCUACAUCUAAAUUCUCUAAGAAGAUUAAGGAUAAAGUUCAACUACAAUUAGACUAUCUAGGUAAAUCCCAUGUUGGCUAUGAUCACUUGGAAUUUCCUCCAUUAAAUCUUAGUGUUGUUGGUGGGAGGCCAUUUUCUUGUGGGGGUGAUCAAUUAUUUAGGAAGAAGCUCCUUAAAGCUAGAUAUGGAGUCAAUAACAUGGAAGAAAGUGCAGAACUGAUUUAUAAGGCUGCUUUAGAGACUCCCAAGGAAAACUUGUUAAUACUACUUGCGCAUAAUGGGCCAAAAGGUCUUGGCUCUAAUAGGGAUGACAUUUGCGGCAUAGAUUGGAAGCCUGAAAGUGGAGAUCAUGGGGAUCUAGACUUAACCGAAGCGAUUAAACGACUAAAGGAGACUACCACUUAUCGUAUUCCAUUAGUAGUUUUCGGGCAUAUGCAUAAGGAAUUAUCAUUUGGUGGUUCUAGAAAGAUGGUAGCCGUUGAUGCGGACAAUACUUUAUACCUAAAUGCAGCCAUUGUUCCGAGGGUGAAAUACCCAAGCUCUGAAGGAUCCAUCCGAGCUUUUACUGUGGUGGAAAUUUCAGACGGCAGAAUAACUAAGGUAACAGAAAGUUGGGUGUCGAUCAUUGGUGAUAAAGCCUCACUUGAAGAGGAGCAUCUUCUAUUUGGCAAUAAUACUGAAGUUAGAUAAUGAGGUUAGCUCAAUGUUAAGUUUUUUUGUUUGCUUGUCAUGUGUGAACCAAUAUCAGUUGCUUUGCAUGUAAUGAAGUCCAUGAUGUUUAAAUUGUUAUUCCAUUGAGGUUCAUAGAACACAAAGAAAGCCUAUACAUCUGCUGAUCUGCAAUCAAUUAGUACUCAUUGUAAGGAGUUCAUCUCAAGGCAACAUGUCUGUAUUUUCACACUCGUCUUACUGAUUAUAAGAUGGGAUCACGGGAUUCUUUAGAAGAAGUGGAAAAAGCGAGACAGUUUUGAAAUCUUUGUCUCAGAGAGAACACUAGACUGUUCACUAAACGGGACAGAGUUCUAAAAAGUGUAUUAACAACUGAUGUUGUGCAAUGUGUACUAUACCGAAGGGAGAAAAGUUUGUGAUUUUGUGAUCCAUGCUAGGCCCUCUAACUGGGAAGUGGGAUGUGUGGAAUAAAUGUGUAGGCCCUUUAACUCCCAGAUGUAACAGUGCUGUGGCUGACUCUUCAUGGGUGAUAUAGUCUGCUGAUAAGAGUGAGUAAAUGGGGUACAAACUGUGAGGAGAUGUGGCAAAUGUGUAAAAUAGAAGAGAGACAAUCCAACAUGUUCUAUUGAUACCGCAACAUUUACUCUCAAAAGCUCUCUCAUAGAUUUGCUUGAUGUUGAAAUUUCAAUGGGACAAAGGAGUAUACCGACAACCAUUGGGGUUCAUGUUUCUGUCAUCACCCUUUCAUCAUCAUCAUACUCAAUAUAUCCCGUCCAUAAAAAUGAUCAGGGUAUGGAGAGGAAAGGAUGCAGCUAAAAGAGUCUCUCGAUUUGAAAAAGAUCCUCAAAAAGAGAUUCCAACAAUGAAAAAGACUGAGUGAAGCUGAACCUGCAAGCCUGCAUCUAACAGCACAAGUUUGGUUAUCAUCCUUUACUGGACAUAAUUUUCUCUAUAUGUUUUGGAAGCAAAGGAACUUGCUGAGGUUCAAUCAACAUAAGUUGACAAAUGCUCAUACGUCUUACAAGCGAAGUUUAGAGCAUCUGUACCUGCGUGGGCUGAUUCUGCAGCCAAGGAAUAUAUCCCAAGUUAUCUGCAGCUUUUGUUUGCAGCGAGUUCUGAUGUCUUCUCACAGACGGAUAUGCAAAUCAGUCUUGGGUAGGCCUGCUUAUGUUCUGGUGGAUGCAUUUGUUACGUUGCUCGCUGUUUUCCUUACGUGGUGUUUUGUAUAAGACCGUCUCACCAUGAGACAGAUUCAUACAAUCAGUUCAUUUCUGUAGUUUGGUUGAGUUUUGGUGGAUUUAUGGGAUGGCACAUUAGUUGUUUUCCCUUGGCUAGUAUUUUUAGUGGUAUUCUUUUGUACAAAUUUUGCUCCCAAAAUACCCAAUUGACACAACUAUACCCUUUAUUGUUAAGUUAUACAUUGCAAAUUCUGUGAGAGACAAUCUCUUUGAGAGAUCAUCUCUAACUGGACCGCUUAUUAUAUAUUUUUUAAAAUAUUGUAAUUAGGUAUUAAGAAAGAUGUAAUUAGACAUUUUAGAUAUUGAAAGUAGGCAUUAAGGAUAUGAUAAGUAAGCAUUAAAGAUAAUAUAAGUAAGCAUUAAGAAUACGAUAAGUAAACAUUAAUCUUUAAUGGGCUAGGUCUCUCAAGAGACUAGUCGGUUAUACAUGCAUUUUAUAAAAUGUUGCUCCCUCCUAUUGUUACGAUUUGUC